UUUGAAAAUUUCGAUAGAUUAAGAGUACCGACGUGGGGAAACUGUUUUUCACACUAAAUGGACCUGGACAAAGAAACUAUCGAACGCAUAUCAAAACUUUCCCCCGAGGAAAGAAAUCAAGUUGAAGAACGUGUAAGGAACGAGAUGCUUAGACAAGUCUUUCAAGAGUUGGUUCAAAAUAUUUCAGAAAAAUGUUUCCUUAAGUGCAUUACGAAACCUGGUUCUUCUUUAACGUCAAGUGAACAAACUUGUCUCGCGAAAUGUAUGGAUCGCUAUUUAGAUGCUAUGGGAAUUGUUUCAAAGACUUUAAUAGAGAGAAGUUCGCGUAACUCAAGUUAGGUCCUAUUAUUUGAUCGGAAGCUUCUUUGUCCGUAUGCAAGUGUAUGGGUCUGAAAGUUUGCGAAAUGAGCAGGAACAACGUGCUUGUCUGGGAAUAAUUCGUUCGUUCGAUCAUAAACCUUGAUUGUCUGUAAACAGUUUUUGGUAUCUCUAUAAUAUGUUUCAUUUUUGGAUAAAUAAUACCUUGAAAUA